AUGCUGUAAAUAUGAGCCCAGAAGAUUUAAGAGCAACUUACCGAGCCGGGCAAGGGAAUUAAUUGCCUUUUACUCCUAUGCAAAACGCGGCCGGGUUCCAGCCUGUGGCAAGCAGGAAUGUUCCCUCCCUGCACCGAAGGCUGACCGUGUUUGCUCCGCUCUACUUCUGCGGCGGAGGGCGUUUGAGCAGGAUCAUGUAUAGUGGGCUGCUAAACUCCACCGGUGCCACCGAAGCGCAUCUGCUCAUGCAGACCGAUAGCCCCUGCCUGGGCAGCACCCAGAGACCCGUGAGCUCCUCCGCUCUGUACAUGUCCACGGCCAGGGCGCUGAAGGACGGGGAGAUAAACAAGCCUGACCUGGUGACUUACAUCGUCCUGUUCUUCUUUCUGCUCUUGACUGUGAUCCUCAUUGUGCUCUUCAUAAACUGCCAGCUGAAAAACUCUUUUUUUGCCACUCUUCCUUACGACAGAUCGCUCAGAGAGGCGCGGAGCCCCUGGAAGACACAGACUGUGUGACACUGGGGACAGAGACAGUGGCAUAGGGGCUUUGCCCCGAAACACAACAGUAGCAUGAACCAGAAACCCUGUGCAAUAAGAUGUUACUUCCCUAUGUCAGUGAGUGGAUUCGAUCCUUUUUAAUAACUCUUAGCCUAAAAAAUACAUAUAUAUGAAAAAAUACAUAUAACCUUAAAAAAAAAAAAAGCUGUAUGCAAAUCCAAAUGGCUGUAAAUAGAGAGCUCUAUUAUGAAGAGAUCAAGCUCUAUGAAAUUCGUACAUAGUUUCAUGCCAAAAAAGCACCCCACGGUUGCAGAUAGCAGCAAGCUCCGUUAACUCUAUAUGUAUGCAAAUGUCAUCACCGAGCCAUUCAGUGCCCGCGCACGCACAUUUGCAUCAGCAACAGCCUUUGAUUUGUGCAUCUGGUGGAACUUGUGCCCAUGCUUAUGAAACCAUAACGUCUACCAGAGAAAACACGGUCUAUUUACCCAACGGCUCCACACUGAGAAUAUUAGUUUACUUUCCAGGCCCAUUUCUCUCCACUGCUGCUGAAAACGUGUGGUAAUGUAACGGGAGCCGUGCCUGGUAGAGAGAGA